GCUUUUAGUUGUAUUUGGAAGAAGAUGUCGAACUCUACUUUUUCAACUGAUGCAUUAGGUAAAGCACAAAUCGCUCUUGCUAUAACAUUUCUCGCUGGUGGGUUAACUAUUGGUUAUCUUAUUGGACGCCGUACUGGACUUGCUUUUGCUGUUCGUCACAACAAGCGAAUUUCGUUAGAAAAAGACAAAAUUGCUGAUAAAGUGGAUUUGGAGGAUAUUGGGGAUAAAAAAUUUCCUUUUUGCGAUGGUAGUCACAUGGCACAUAAUAAAGAGACCGGUGACAAUCUUGGACCUUUGAUUAUACAGAAGCGUGCCUCUUAA